AUGCGUUUAACUGCAUUUCUCAUAAGUUUGGUCGCUGCAGCUCUGCCGUUGGUGGUGGUAUCGGCAAGUCGAUCGGAAGGUAGCAGUCUACAAGGUAUAUAUCUGGGUCUACUAUCCGCCAUAAUAGUACAACGAACGACGGCCCUCGAAGAAGAUGGCGACUAUGAGCCGCGGCAUUUAACCAAUGACCAAUCGUCCUUUUUCCAGUCUCAAUCGGAUUCACCGUUUUCUAGACCACUAUCACCGCCCGCCUAUGCGAUACGGACUGGGCGUGGUAAGGAUUUGAAAAUACCAGCCGAAGCUGACUCACGCUCGGAGUCAGAUAGUAGUGCUAGCGAAAGCAGUGACUUCUCGGAUGAUGACCAAGAUGAGGAGGGUUCAGCGGAAUAUUACGAUGAAAGUGAAGAGAAUGCAAGCAGUUCCAGUGCUAGUGAAAAUAGUGGAAGUGAUGAAUCACUGCCACGCCUAUUGUCACAAUCAGCCUUUCAUCGUAUCUCCGAGACAUUGGGAGCACUAAAUACAGUGGGUCAUUUAUUGGUUGAUAUGACACGAGGAGGAGGAGGACAUAAUAGUAAUACAAAUGGUUCGACGGGCAUCUCAACUACAACAUCUAGUACAACCACAACAACAACGGUGCCAACAACUACCGACAGAAAUCUCCAGGAAAAUGUAAAUUCAGCGAAAUUGUUUUCCGGCACCACAUUGGACAAUAGCAUUGACACGGCGAAGGGUUCUUCGUCUGUACAAGUAGCCGACAAGAGAAUUGGUCAAGAGGAACACAUCAACAAGCCAAUGUUCGUGGAGAACAAGGAGGUGAAAAAGAAGCGCAAGAAGAAGAAGAAUAAGAACAAGACUAAAAAACCAAAUGGUGAGGCGGCAACAAAUUCCACUUUGACGCUAACAAAUGUUCCCACCACCUUAAGACCUACCACCACUGUGCGGACCACAACAUUGGCCAAUGUUGAACAGAACGGAGUGUUCAAUGAUGAACGUGAAACUGGCAAAGAUGUCGAGAAUCGUUGUAAAACACCCAAUGGACGUCCUGGACGUUGUGAAGAUCUAAGCAGUUGUCCAGCUUUGCUUUUGAAUUUGAGUAGUCUCCGGGAGUCAUUGUGUUUCAAGAGCCUAUUCGUGCCCGGUGUCUGCUGUCCCCUUCCGGAAACAUCAACAGUGUUGACAACACAAAAACCUUUGAAGUUGACAACAAAAGCUCCCACUACCACGACAACCACAAAGAGGCCACCGCGUCCUUCGUCGACUAAUUUGAUUUUGAGACCCCAGGUUAAACCUACCGUUGCAACAACGACAACAACAACAGCAAAUCCUUUGGAUUCGAAUGAAUUGGAACUCUUGGCCAAUAAUAAUAUUGUUGAUCCUGAAGAUUGUGGCCAGCAGGAAUAUUCCACUGGACGUAUUGUGGGCGGUGUGGAAUCACCAAAUGGCCAGUGGCCUUGGAUGGCGGCAAUUUUCUUGCAUGGACCUAAACGUACGGAAUUCUGGUGUGGUGGUUCGUUAAUCGGUUCACGUUACAUCCUAACAGCUGCUCAUUGUACCCGAGAUUCGAGACAGAAACCAUUUGCUGCUCGACAAUUCACUGUGCGAUUGGGUGACAUCGAUCUUUCUACAGAUGCUGAACCUUCAGCUCCGGUGACGUUUGGUGUAAAGGAAGUUCGUGCUCAUGAAAGAUUCUCUCGCAUUGGAUUCUAUAAUGAUAUUGCAAUUCUGGUGCUCGAUAAGCCUGUGCGCAAAUCGAAAUAUGUUAUUCCCGUUUGUUUGCCACGGGCUGGACGUAUGCCACCAAAGGAUCGACUACCCGGUCGUAGAGGUACCGUUGUUGGCUGGGGUACCACCUACUAUGGCGGCAAAGAAUCCACAUCACAGCGUCAGGCUGAAUUACCCAUUUGGCGCAAUGAAGAUUGUGAUCGUUCCUAUUUCCAACCGAUCAAUGAGAAUUUCUUGUGUGCUGGCUAUUCCGAUGGUGGUGUCGAUGCUUGUCAGGGCGAUUCUGGCGGUCCUCUGAUGAUGAGAUAUGACUCACGUUGGCUGCAACUGGGUGUUGUUUCGUUCGGCAACAAAUGCGGUGAGCCUGGCUAUCCUGGUGUUUAUACACGCGUCUCGGAAUAUUUGGACUGGAUUGCCGAUCACACAAAGGACUAG